CCGGACAUGGACAAGGUGGAAGAAAGUAAGGUGAGCAGCAGCAGCAGCCGUGCCGAGGGCGGCGAGUCUGACUCUGACUCGGAGCCGGGCUUCUAUGACCCGCUCGCCGAUGCCACUGUCAGCAGGCACUCGUUCCCGCUUGGCGACGGCGGCGGUGCGGCCGACGGGGACGGCUCGACCGUCACCAUCGAGCUCCGUGCAUCAGCCAAGUUGGAUCCGACAGACGCCUUUGCGCUGCUGGAUGGCGAUGACUACACCGGCCAGCUGCUGUGGGACGGAUCGGUGUUGCUGAGCAAGUAUCUGGCGGAGCACGGCGACGAGCUGCGGGCUGGUUCGACGGCGAUGGGCAGGUCGCGGGCGGUGGUCGAGUUGGGCGCUGGUGCAGGGCUCGCGGCGGCGGUGGCUGGCGCGCUGGAGCUCGGCGAGCCGGUCAUUCCCACCGACGGAGCCGAUCGGGCGCUCGAGCUCUGCUCGCGGAACCUCGCCGAGUUUGGUUGGCGCGGCGUCGCUGCGCCGGUCUGCUUCAACUGGUCGAGCGAGCUUCCGGACGAGCUUGCGGCGGUGGCGCCGGUCCAUCUUGUUGUUGCCGCUGACGCGGCAUACGAUCUGGCGGCUAUCCGCCCGCUCUUUGCUGCCGUGGGCGCGCUCGCGCCGGCCAUCUUUGUCUACGCUCACUACCCGCGUGCGCUCACCGCCGCGCAGCAGGCCGCCAUUGAUGAGGCCAUUCCUCUUGCCGCCGCUGAUGUCGGCUACGAGGGCGGCGUGGUGUACUCGAGCGAUGACGGUGGGUCAGUCAUGGUGUGGCGGCCUGUCGCGACGAUGCUGGAGGCGAUGCAGCGGCUGCGGCGAGAGGGAAGGCUGAUUGAUGCCGAGGUGGUGGCGAUGCCAUCAGGAGAGGCGAUCCCGGCCCACGCGGUCGUCCUUGCCACCUCGCUGCCGGUAGCCGAAGCCUUGUUCGAUCUGCAGCACGAGGUGGAGCGAGUCGGCGACACUGGCGUGCGCAAUCGGCUGGAGCUGGAUGGGCCGCCCGAGGCCAUUGCGCUUCUUGUUGAUGCCAUCUACGCGGGCAGCGCCUUUCCGCCGCAUGUGCUGCCCGAAGCGGCGGUGACGGGAACGGCGCCCGGCGGCGGCGGAGCGGUGCUGGCGGCGGCACGUGCGGCGGCAUGUGGCGGGGCGGACGACGUGGCAGCAGCGCUAGCGCAGGCCUUUGCCGACCUCGCGCUCGGUGAGCUCAGUAGCGAUGGCGAUCGGGCGGUCCUCUGUCUGGCACAGGAGCUGGUCGAUGCGCCGAAUGCGGCGCUGGCGCACAUCCCUGCAGCACGGGCGCUGCUCCCGCGUCUGCUGAGCGACGCGGCGUACCGGUUUGGCGACCUUGCCGCCGACGAGCUCGCGGCGUGCCCGCUCCCGCUCCUCCGGCUCCUCUUUGCCCACGACGGGCUCCGUGUGGGGAGCGAGGCUGAGGUCCUUGCCGCCGUCCGCGGCGUGGUUGCCGCUCUGGCGAGCGACGAGGCCGACACGGCUACGGCGGCUGCUACGCUGCUUCCGACGCUCCGCACGGCGCUGCUUCCGGCGGACGCACUGACGGCGGAGGAGGUCGCGGUGCUAGCGGGCUGUGGGGGCGGGAGCAGCGUCGAGCGGCCGCGGCAUCAUGCGGUGCGGUCAUCGGCGGCGGGGGCGGCGCGGGCACUGGUGGCCGGCGGCGACGGCCCAAGCGGCGGCGAGCUGAGCGUGGGCAAGAUCUUCUCUGGCGUGUCGGACGACGGGCUAGCGUCCAAGGCCAUCCCGCUUGUGAUGGCUGCCGAUGGCGGGCUGGUCUACCUCGGGCUGUACGAUGGCGGGGUGGUGGCGGUGAGCCUGGCGGGUGACGGGCGGAUGGGCCGGGUGGUGCCCGUGGUGAGCGUGCCAUCGCCACGGCGGGUCACCGCGCUCUGCACCCUCGCAUCGGACGUGGUGGUGGCCGCGACCGCGAGAUCACUGACCGGGCGGUUCAAGUCGCGCGGAAGCAGCGGCGGCCAGUCAUCGGGUGUGACGGCAAUCGCGCGGGUGGCGCACUUUGACGGGACCGAGGAGUUUACGCCACUGGCCGCCGACGGCUUCCCGGCCGACGUUCACCACCUGGUUGCAGUGCAUAAGGAGCAUAUACUUGUGGGCGUCGGCCCAGAUCCACAGACCAUCUUUGCGGCGCACGCGGUGUCGCGCGAUGGCGGGCGGCGGGUGACGGCGAUGGCGGCGUGCGGCGUGUGCGUGCCGGUGGCAGGCCUGGCAGUGUGCAGCGAGGAAGUUGUUGCUGCGGCGGUGGGAGCGCAAGUGGUCUUUCUGGGCAUUCCACGCGAGCCCAGCAGCGCCGAACUGACGGUGAUGGCGGUGUGUGAUCUGCCGCGGGAGACGCCCGCGAUCUCGGCCAUCGGACGGCUCGGUCGGCCGCAGAGCGAGCUUGCGGUCGUUGUCGGCUGCCUCGACGGAUCGCUGUGGAUUGUGCGAGCCGAGCCGGAGCGGGCACCCGAGCUUGUUGCCGGAGCGGGUGGGCGGAUCUCGCGCAUUGCAUGCAGCGAGGCCGAUGAUGGCUUCCUUGCUGCGACGUACACCGGCGAGCUUGCGGCAUACACCACCUCCAGCGAGGACAACGCGCUCGAGGGCGCACGGAUGUGCGAGGCGGCGAUCGCCGAUGUUGUACUCGUCGGCGAGACACUGGUCAUUCUCCAAGGCGUCGGUAACGACUGUGCUCUGCUGACCCUCACACCGCAUUGUUCGUGAACAAUGAAAUAUAUGUCUUCGCUGGUUGCAGUCACACGGGCUGUCGCCGUCACCCGCACCUGGCACGGG